GAGAGCAGCGGUCUUUCGAGCAAGCAUACUCGCAACCGCCGCAAGCUGGAUGAACGAUUUUUUUCAUUUUCUUUGACAGUGGAUGCAAACGUGCGAUUUGACACUUUCUUCUAUUUGGCUUCAAUACUGUAUUCUUGGAAGGAUACUGCAACAAACCGUGUGACAUAGAGGAGAGAGUGUUAACAGUUUAGUGGAGACAGGAGCUCUGGACGUUCAUGAGGUGGAUUGCGCCGCAUUUGGUGGGCUGCUCCUAGCUUGGAAAAUCCCACCAUAUCCCUGACAUUCAUUCCAAGCUGAAUCUGAACGGGCAACUGACACUAAGAUGAAUGCAUUAUAAAAGAAAAGCAUGGAAUAAAGGCUGACAUCGAAGGAGUCCUGACGAAAAAAUAUUUAUUUUUCUGGUGUAAAAGUAGCCUAGCAUAGCCUAGCCCUACUACUGCUUGUUUUAAAUAACCUACACAAUUUAAGUAUCCUGAGAGGGGCAUUGCCUACUCUAACAUCACAUCACAAGAUGUCUGUUCCGAAUGUGCUGGCCAAGGCCCUGUACGACAACGUGGCGGAGUCCCCAGACGAGCUGUCCUUCCGGAAGGGCGACAUCCUGACGGUCCUGGAGCGGGACACCCAGGGUCUGGACGGAUGGUGGCUCUGCUCUCUGCAUGGACGCCAGGGCAUCGUCCCCGGCAACCGCCUCAAAAUCCUGGUGGGCAUGUACGACAAGGCGGGGCAGCAGUCCCCCCUCCCCCAGACCUCCCAGGCCAGCCCCGCCCUGACCCAGAGCCCCAACCAGCUGGGCUUCCCGUUCACCAAGCCCUCCCCCUCCUCCCAGUACACAGCCAUGCACCCUGCCUUCUCCAACCCAGGCCCGGUACCCGCCCUACCUGACAGCAUCUACAUGAUGCCCCCCAACCACGGCAAGCACUCCUCUUCCAGUCUGUACCAGAUCCCCACGGGUCCCCAAGCUCCACCCAAGGCCCCCAUGCUCACCCAGAAGAAGUACCACACUCCUGUUGAUGUCCAGGACAUCUACCAGGUGCCCCCCUCCGCAGGAGGGCCUGGUUCUGGGCAAGACAUCUACCAGGUUCCCCCCUCGCUGAGCCAGAAUCAGGACAUCUACCAGGUUCCCCCCUCCGUAGAGAAGAGGGGCUGGGACUCCAAACCUCUAGGAAAGGUGGUGGUGCCAACACGUGUCGGACAGGUGUAUGUGUAUGACACAGGGAAGUCAGAGCAGGAUGAGUAUGAUGUCCCCCCCAGGCACAUGCCUCCCUCACAACAGUCCCAAGACAUCUACGACGUCCCGCCGACCCGAACCCAGUACAACCAGCAGGUGUACGACACCCCCCCCAUGGUGGUAAAAGGCCCCCCUAGUGGCCAAGACAUCUAUGACACCCCCCCCAGUGUGGACAAGAGCCAGCUGCUCUCCCACCAAAUGGUGUACGACUUCCCCCCCUCCGUCAGUAAGGAUGUUCCAGAUGGUUCUACCAGGGAGGAGACCUAUGACGUGCCCCCCCACUUCGCCAAGAUGAAGGGUCUGGAGAGCCAGAAGCAGACCUAUCAGAUCCACUGCGGUCCUGAGCCCCCCAUCCCUGAAGACGUUUACGACGUCCCUCCCCCUCCCCUGACUGGGAAGCACCGCCGAGACCCCCACCACACCCCUCCGGGUCAAGAGAUCUACGACAUCCCUGCCAGUCUGAGGAAGGGUGGAGCCCAUGACCCCCAAGAUGUGUACGAUUUCCCCCGUGAGCGGCCGGCGGGGGAGGACUCCAUCUACGACGUCCCGCCUCAGGUGGUGCGAGACGCGGGAACCACCGAGGAGCUCACGGUCAGCUUCAAGCGGCUGUCCGCCUCCAGCACGGGGAGCACUCGCAGUAACCAGUCCACGUCCUCCCUGGACAUGGUGCCGGUCCGGGAGUCGGCCGUGCCCGGCCAGUGGAAGCUGUUGGUCCUGGACCUGGAUCAGGCCAUGGAGCGUCUCUCCCGCCUGCAGCAGGGCGUGGAAGGCUCCGUCUCUCUCCUCAUGUCCUUCAUCAGUGGAAACUGGCGCGGCCCCUCCCAGAUGGAGGCCAACCUCCCGGCCAUAAAGCAGGCCGUGGACAGGAUGAGGGCGGCCGUCAGGGACCUGCUGGAGUUUGCCCGGGGAGCCGUGGCCAACGCUGCCCAGGCCACCGACCGCACCCUGCAAGCCAAGCUUGGCAAGCAGCUGCAGAAGAUGGAGGAGGCCUUCCAGGGCCUGGUCAAGUACAGCCAGGCUCUGGACGCUGUGGCCUGGGCCCCCUCUGCCCUGACGGCGCCCUCCGGGGGCAGUGGCGGGGAUGACCUGGACCGGCUGAUCAUGUGUGCCCGGGGUGUGCCCGACGACACCAAACAGCUGGCCUCCUUUCUCCAUGGCAACGCCUCGCUGCUCUUCAAAAGGACAAACAAACAGCAGCAGCUGCCCCUCCCCCCCGUCCCCCAGGGGGCGGACCUCAUGACGACCAACAACAACACCUCAGCCUAUCAGACCGGGGACGGCAGGGCCAACAUCCAAUCCCGCCCCCUGCCCUCCCCGCCCAAGUUCUCGGCCGAGGAGGAGACCCCCGACAGGCCGUAUGAGAGCACGGAGGAGGGCUGGAUGGAGGACUACGACUACGUACAUUUACAGGGUAAGGAGGAGUUUGAGAAAAAUCAGAGGCAGUUAUUAGAGAAGGGGACCAGACACACCAAAACCACCCUGGAACAGCAGCAGCAGCUGAAACAGUUUGAGCGGCUGGAGCAGGAAGUCAGCCAGCCAAUCAACAACGACAUCUCAGGCUGGACCCCGCCCUCCCACUACCCAGCAGCCCAGAGGAGUAAGCUGAGCACGGGCGACCGGCAGCUGCUGCUCUUCUACUCGGAGCAGUGCGAGGCCAACGUCACCACACUCACCAACGCCAUCGACGCCUUCUUCUCCUCCAUCAACAACAACCAGCCACCCAAGAUCUUCGUAGCCCACAGCAAGUUCGUCAUCCUCAGCGCACACAAGCUGGUGUUCAUCGGGGACACGCUGUCUCGGCAGGCCAAGUCCCCGGAGGUGCGGGCCCGCGUGGCCCAGCACAGUAACGCGCUGUGUGACAAACUGAAGGACAUCGUGGUGAGCACCAAGACCGCGGCGCUGCAGUACCCCUCCCCCGGUGCGGCGCGCGACAUGACGGAGAGGGUGCGGGAGCUGGCCGGCUGCACACAGCAGUUCCGCGUGGCUCUGAGCCAGCUGCUGGCCAUGUGAGCCUCGGGAAACACUGACACAGACACACGGACCUUCAUCCCCCCCUUGUGCUUUUUAUUUUAAAAAAGGACAACUAUCUGACUGGGCUGGGCCAUUGGUUGUAAAUGAAUCACUGUAAAUAUUUAAGUUACUAUUAGCCAGAAAAAAAAAAACGUUAAAGAAGGCGAGCUUCCACUAUAUAUGUUUUUAAGGUCUUAUGGUUAAAACGUCAACAUGUAGUUUUUAGACAAUAUGCAUUAUUAUUAUUAUUGCUAUACUGUAAUUAUUGCUUUGAUUAUUAUAAUAGUUAUCAUUAUUGUUAUAAUGCGUUGAUUAAGGAUGUUUAAAUUUCAAACAAAAUGUAUGUAAUACUUAAUGCUGUUUUUCAUCCAAGAUUAUCAAUGAUGAUGGAUUUUGUAAAAGUUAUGUAUUUAGGUGAGGUGGAGGAAAAUGAGAUGCUUUCAUUGGAGCUGUCAAAAGAGGCUGGGGUUUGUGUUGAGUGCAUGGCAUUCUGGGUAGUGGUUGGGAGGGAGAGGUUUCUGAUAGACAUUUAAUUACUUUCUCAGAUACAUUGCUGUCACGGGACACAUUUAAUUUGAGAAACUCUACAUGCUAUUUAAAACACGCCAAUUAGAAGAUUGUAUUUGCAUACAAAUGAUGGGAGGAAUGAAAAGAACAAACCUGAUAUAGAGAAACAAAAUUAUGAAUUGACAAUUCUUUUGUCAGCAUUUUUGACCUUCCGUGUUCUUCAAAAGCAGAAAGCUUUAUCCAUCUGUCCACUGUCCCUAGAGUGCUUAUUGCAUCCCACUCUCUUCCACUCUGCAAGUCCUGCAUGCUCUCUGUGGUCUGAAGGGUGGGUUCACACUCCUGUGGCUCUGCUGUUUUAGAAGUCUCCUGUGUCCCUCUCUGACCUCCUCUCCCAAGCACUUCCAGGACAGCACCACUGCACCCUGCAGGCCAGGGGAACCCGUCAUGGCUAGGUGUAAGUGGGGGUACUGGGUAUGAGAAGGGCAUUUGUUUUAAUUAACAUACACUCAACACCAUGGGAAAUUGAUUUGAUCUUUUGUUAGUGAGUGGUUGUUUAAAAGCUCAAUCUGCAUUUUUCCAAACGGGCUCAAACUGUUUUAAUGGUAAUACCUGUUAGCCUAAUUGGAGCCGUUCUUCAGAUGAAGUUGCAGCGGCUGUAUUCUAUCCCCACUUUCAAUAGCUGUACCCAAAGGAAUAUGAAUUUACUUGGAAAGUGGGUGUACUUGGCUAGUUCUUAAGUCCUGGAGGAAACUCCACGCAUAGCAGAGGAGUCUUCCAUUGAUCUGUUUUCUAAAAGCCAACUCGUAGUUGUAGUUCAAUGCAACAUGUUGUUGUGGAUGUAGUUGAAACCCCUAUCAAGUAAAAAUCAUACAUUGAAAACAAA